AUGACCAUUGCAUGGAAACUACGGGAGACGGUCCCAGUCGUUACUUCCCUUUGGGUUGGUCUCUCGCGCCUUACUGCAAAACAACAACCCCCCUCCUUCUUUCUCACUCUUCUCUUGUCCCACCAUCCAUCUCGAAUCCACGCCUUCAUCUCUUUCGGCUUGCUCAACUUUCCUGUCAUCUUCCACUUUAUCUUCCACCUCAUCUUCCACCUCAUCUUCCACCUCAUCUUCCACCUCAUCUUCCACUUACUUCCAUUUCGUCUGACCAUCGACGAGCCUACUGCCGCCCUUUUCGUCUCCGAACACUGUAGCGAUGACCCUGCUCCUCGUCCUUCCACGGAAAAGAAGCCCUUGCCAUCUCUGGCAGUUGAUCGUCUCCCAGAAGAGAUUAUUGAACAGAUCCUCCAAGCUGCCGACCCCGACUCCUUUGCCUCCCUUAUUCUUGUCAACUCAAAGUGGCGACGAGUCUCCCAACGUGCCCAUCUCUAUGCCCACCACCUUCAUAAGUGUCCUUCAUACGCUGCCAGCCACAAUGCUCCGCCCAUAGAACCCAAAGAUGACAACGAUCACCACAGCGACAACCCCAACGACACCGAGGACGAGAAAGAACGCAGACUGCACGACCUGCGUGAGGCCUUUGCCCGCGAGGUGAAGCGCAACUUAUUCGAAGCCUACCUACGCCCGUCCGAGACCACGAUCAAGCUCAUCUCUAAUUCGAUUAGUUCCUCCUCAUGUCCCGGCGGCGAAAGCAUGCAGUUCAGCCCUUCCCCUCGCGGACACCAUCUCUUGGCCUAUAACUCGUCCCGAAUAUACGUCAUUGAUGUCCGCACCGACAUCAUCGACGUGACCCGCGAGCUUAAGAUCCUUCGUCGCCCCGUCUCCACCUGCAUCAAGGACGAUGGCUCCCUGCUGGCCGUUCUGUCCAGCGAGAUGCAGGUCGAUCUCUACGACUUGAACGAGUCCCCCCCGCGCCGCACCCAAUCCAUGAUCCUUGACCAUGCUCCACGCACCAUCGCCAUGUCCCCCUGCGGUUCUGUUCUCGCCGCCGCCUACGACGGCGGCAUCGAGGUCUCUUCCCUCAACCCCGGCGCCUUGGCCACUGACAGGAGGGCCGUCAAGUGCGACGCCGUCGACACCCUGGCCUUCUCCUUUGACGGGACCCAGCUGCUCGGCACCACCGUUCACUCGUCCUCCCCCAAUACCGUUGUCCUAACGGCUCCCUACUACGACCCUGCCAACAUCGUCGAUGACAACAUGAUCGCCCUCUGGACUACCUCGAUCCUCUUCCCCAACACCAGCCGCGACUGCAGCCAUGCCGUCCUGCUACAGAACACGAGUCGCGAGGAGGCCUCUUGGACUUUCACAUACGACCGCAGUUUCGAGACCUUCCGCGCCGUCCGCAUCGACGACCUACGCAACGGCACCACCUACUUCACCGGGCCUAUCCCCAGUCCAUGCGACCAGGCGAAGCUCCUGCCUUCCACCUCCCCUGCCGCUACCUACCACGGAGACCUCGUGGCUGCUGGUUUCAAAGGCAGAGACAUCUGGCUCUACGGCAUUCCCGAAGACCUCGACGCCGUCCCUGAAUGCGCUUCGUCCGCGUCUAACGAUGGUGGCUCCGCCGCGCUCGGACGACGCGGCGGCAAUGGCGACCCCCCUUCUCGCACGCCGUCUUCGAAAGCGCGAGAGAGCAGCAGUGCGAGGCCGCAGUGGCAGCUGCUUUGCGACAAGCUGCGGAAUACCUUCGUUUGGGGGACCAAGGUGGCCGAAGUAGAGGGCGUCAGUUGUGUCAAGUGGGUGUGCGGCUUCGGCGGCGCGUCGUCACGCGAACGCCUGGUCAUCGCCGCUCGGGGUGUCACGCCUCCCAAACCCAUCACCGAACAGGAGGAUGUCGACUUCAUUGACGGGGGCAGGAUUACUCUCCUCGAUUUUGACUACGCCAUCGAGAAUGGCUUCAAGCGGGAAAUCACCAUCGACGUCGGCACUAAGGAGCCCGAAGUCUUGGAGGAAGAACGGAGGGAUAUGGCUACCGAGGUUGCUAUAGUCCGCCGGAGGACCGUCGCCCAAAGACGGGACAACCGCGGCGCCCUUCUGCGCGCCUCACCGACUGCUGGUACCUCUGCUGCGGCGCCUCCUGUACCAGAUAUUCCGCCGCCGAGUAACCAUCAUGCGAACGCCAACGAUGACGACGACGAUCCCCUUGUUCCUCGCCGUAUGGGGGUACCUCCUCAGCCGGCUUCACGGCAAUCGACCUCGGCAGGCGUCCGAGAUGAGUCGGAAAGCGCUUCUCUUAUCGAGGCGCAGGAGGCUGUGGACGUCCCGUAUUCACACGACAACCCCCGUUCCACAACAACGCUCCGUCGUGCGGCUACUGCGGCCGCCGUCAGCCGACGUCGCAACCCGCGGCCUCCGGUUGCCGGCCAGGACACCUACACCCGCGCAGACGGCCGUCGCGAGCAUCCGCAUGAGAGCGACGCAGAUAACUGGGUACCUCCGCCGCCGCCCUACCAGAAGGACGACCCUGGUGACGUGCCCGUCUUCCUUCGACAGCCUGCAAUCGUCGGACCCGGAAAUCAUGGUCCCGCGACGUCUUUGCCGCUCGCCAGGUAUCAAACAGCAGCACCCACAACAACGGGAUCAUCUGCCUGGCCGCUGCCGUCCGCGGCUCCCCCGCACGUUCCAUCUACGUAUCGCAGGUCAGCAAGCGACGGUGUCUCCGUAACAAGCCGACUCCAGAGCGAAGAGCUUACCCGGCCGACAACUAGUGUUUCGAUCCAAGUCAGCAACCGCACUGCCAGUAGCGCUCCACGCGACGACGACGAUCUCUAUGACGUCUCGCCUCCUGACUCUCCUCGCCUCACCGCGCAGCAAUCUAGCAGCAACACCCAGCCAACGGAGUCUCGGAUGCACCCCCCAGCUCUAGGGCUGCAGAUUCCCUCACCGACGUUCGUCGUGUCAUCCGAGCCCGAUACCCAUUCCCAUGCACAAGCGAGCACCGGUUCAGGCGGACCCUUUCCGGGUAGACGACUUUCAAUCGCCAACACAUGGCCUAAAGCGCCCGGUUCACGAGAGAAUGCGCGUUCGGCGUCUUGGGUCGGACAUGCCCACACGGCACCGCCCAUUAGCGCAAGCCAGAGCGAGAUCAUUGCGGCGACGUUUCCUCUUCCGAAUGGCUCUGAAGCCCGAUCCAGUCUGGGCAGUCGCGGAUCGGCGUGUCACUCCUCGGAUCGGCGUGCGGCUCUAGGAAGCCGUGGUGGGAAUGUGUCUCAUUCUGGCCUCUCUCCCCUACCGCAGCACGUUCCUCUCCCGCAUACGCCAGUGCAGCCGGCGUCGAGCCCGCCUGUGGAAGAUCAACCUCUUAUUAUCAGCACUCCUGGCGGCGUGAGCGGGGCCUUCGAUCCUCCCGGUGCGCAUACUCUUGGAGGACCCAGGAGCGAGACGCCCAUUUUGGCACCCAUCCCGCGACACCCGCGCACGGAUCCUGAUGGGUGUCACACUGUCGAGCGAAUCGAUCCUUCGUAUAUUGCACCAUCCACCAACGCGCCAAGGAGACUAAUGCCCUCAUGGCUUCCGGCGCCGUCGACGACGUCUAAUGGUCAGCGUACAAACAGCUCGCUUAGUCGAAACGCCAGCCGGGCCGAACGAAGCGCUGCGAGGAACAUGCAAGACGCGAAGCGGCGCGGAUGGAGAGGCACGCGGAAGGCCAGGAAGAAGCGCAUUGACCACGAGGUCGCCAGUUCGGUGGCCUGGACUGACGUGUCGGCUGUGAGCAGAGGCGGGCCUGCUGACGGCAAGAGGCACAAAAAAUGCGCCGUCAUCGUGGCGUUGGGAAGUUCCAUCUUGUUACGACAGAUUUGA